AUGAUUCUCUCAUCCAGGAACUCCCCGAGGAUAAGUCUUCGAAGGGCUGCCUCAUACAAUUCCAUGGAAAAGGGGCCCUUGUCCUCGACAUCCUCACGGUUCAGUUUCAACCAUCUCAUCAACUCUCCGCCUCCUUCGCCAAGCCUCCCCGCCCUAGUACCAAGACAUGGGAAGCCUAUACCAAAAUUCAACCCCCGGAAGUUCUUACGGGCAGCACUGUGGACUAUUGGAGUGUUGGUGAUAUUAUCUUAUGGUUUCUCCAUAUUAUCGGGUACAAGCCCAGCGAAUGCAGUAGGAUGGACGACGAAUGGCGCGGAUCAAUAUGAGAUGGUGGGGGAAUCCGAGUUACCAGACUUUCCAACACCAGUAGUGAUUGAAGACAAGCGAGGAAGGGCGAAAUGGACAGUCUCGAUACCGCCAGAUCAUGAGUUCCCCUUGGAGCCGAAGCAGUAUGCGGAGAUAUGUAUGCAGAAUAUGGAGGUUGCGAGGCAUGUUGCGGACUUGCAUAGCCAUAUGCAUCGAGAACAGGUUGCUCAUUACGGUUAUUAUCACGUGGACCCGAAUUUUAUGGAGGUUGCGGAUGCGGAAGCUCAUGGACUCCUACCUGGACCGAAAGCAAAGACGAACAUGAAACAACAGCAAUUGGUUGGGGAGGAGAACACGGAUGGGUUGAUUGAGAUGGAGGUUUGCGAGAAGAGCAUGACAUUCGUGAUGGAGACUCAUGAUGCUGGAUUGGGCAAGACUUUGAUGAUGUUAUGGACUGCCUAUGGUUUGGCGCAAAACGAAGGACGAAGCUUCUUUGUCGAUGACUCUAGAUGGGCAUACGGCAGUUUCAACAAGUUCUUCAAGUCUCCGCCAAUCCCAAAUUGUAGACCGCCACCUCGUCACGAGAUGUUGCCAUGUCCACAUCACGCCCGUCAUCUCGUUGCCACAGCAGCUACUGCGUCUUAUAUGUUUGGCGGGGCCUUCAAUGAGUACUAUGAGGAUCCCAGAAAGAUGGAAGUCUAUCGACAAAAGCCCAUGUUCGAGUUCGCACGACAGGGCUACGAAGCACUCUUCCAACUCUCGAACGAGGAUGAAGAAAGUGUCAACAAACGUAUUGAAGAACUCCGUUCCAUGACCCGCGUACCAGAGGAGGAGGCGGAAGACGGGAUACUUAUAGGCGUCCACGUCCGCCACGGCGACCGGCGUCCGUACGAAUUCCAGUAUAGAGACAGCUACGUGCCUCUCGAUCGCUAUGGCGACAGAGCACGCGAGCUCAUGCAUCGGACGUUCAAUAAGACCGGUCCUCACGGUGGUCUAGACACGCUGGCAGUAGAGCACAGCCACAUGGUCCUCGCGUCCGAUGACCCAGAAGUUUACGAGUCGGAAGAAUUCUCACACGUCGCCCGCGCACAGGAGCAGAUCCGUCUCGCUGCCAAGCAACACCUGGAAGCCCCCAAGCCUAGCGCAAUGACAGGUAUGAGGAACUUCGUUGAUGAGUCGGUGGGGUGGGAAGGCGGUUUCUUCGCGGGUAUGUUCUGGAGCUUGGGGAAACCUAGCAGUGUCCCCGCCACUGCAGCCGAGACACCAGACACGAAAUUACCGCCUACCCAAGAAGCACUUCGAUUGAGAGAGUUGGUCGGACGAGCGUACCUCAUGGACCUCGCAGUCCUAGGCCAAGGGACAGACAAAGUAGUCUGCACUGUGAGUGCAACGGGCUGUAAGCUGCUGGCAGUGAUGAUGGGAUGGGAAAAGGCGAUUGAAGAGGAAGGAUUCGUGAACAUCGAUGGAGAUUUCGAUUGGAGAGGAGUUUCGUGGUGA